AAAACAUUUUACUUGCGCAUAUUCUCAUCGCUAUAAGUUUGAUCAAAUAAAUUUAUAUAUUUAUUGAAAAAUGAAUUUAGAUGAACUAAUUAUUAAAGAAGUGAAAAAAUAUGACAUUUUAUAUAAUACGCAAUCUAAAGAUUACAGAAAAAUUGAGUUAAAAGAAAAAGCGUGGAAGGAAAUUGCAAACAAUGUUAAAGCACCAGUUGAUUUUUUAAAAAAAAGAUGGAAAAAUUUGAAAGAUGGUUACAAUAGAUAUAAAAUAAAGAAGACAUGAAAUCAGGAAGUCACCAAACAAAUAGUACACCAUAUAAAUACGCCGAAAGUUUAUCGUUUUUGGACAAGUUUCGAAUACACUAAAGUCAAAUUAUAUUUCCAACAGCGAACAUUCAACUCCUAAAAAGAGGAAAUCAGAAGAAGCAUCUAAUAUAUUACACAAGAUCAUUAUAACAAACAACAUAAAUAACUUCGGAUCAGAACCCAACAACACACACACGCUUGUCGAAAAAAGGAGUACAGAAGAUUCAUCGGUUUCCUUUGCAGCAACGUAAAUAGCUCUGGCCAUGAUUCCAACAACAACACGCAUACGCCUCCGGAAAAAGAUAUUAUAAGAGAUUCAUCUUUCAAAAGCAACAUUAAUAACAGUGACCAAAACAACACACCCAUGCCCACCGAAAAAGAGACUAAAGAAGAUUCAUCUGUAACUCCCACAAGCAACUCUAUUACAAUACAAAGUAAACACUUUACAAUUGAAUUUAUCGAAUUUUUGAAGGAAGAAACUGCCAUUUGGCAAACUGAUAGUAAAAAAUACAAUGAUCCAAAUGAAAAACAAAAGUCGUGGGAAAGACUUUUGGCAAAAUAUAUAGUGUUGGAUAACAAUGCAACAAUAAAAACAAUAAAAAAGAAAUUCUACGGAAUUCGAGAGCGUUAUAGACACGAACUAGAAAAAAUCAACACAAAUGAAAAUCUGUACCAACAUUGUGGUAUUUUGAACACUUAAAUUUUUUGCGAACUUAUAUACUAGACUCAUUUAAAGAAGAAAUUGAAGAUGUAA